UAUUCUGUUCUUUUUCUCUUUUCUCUUCUACUUUACAGAGCUCUGCUGGCUUUGCUGAUGAUGAAGUGGUUCCUGUUCCUCGCUGCUUUCCUUCCCAUCACUCCCACUAUGGAUGAGGUGGUGAACUCGGUGUCUGUUUGCUCUGAGUUUCUUCUUAGGGGACGUCCUCCACAGAUCCCAGGCAUCAUAGAGAAUGGUGCCAUUAAGAAACAGAACCAAUACAAACCCAUUUGCCAGACUUUUAACAACAAGAGAAGGUUUUUGACUGUCUACGACACCAAGAACAAGAUUCCAGUGUUUUCUGCAUACAAGUUUAAAAAGAUAACAGCUGAGAAAAGACUGGAAAUACCUUGGAUGAUCGAGCCACAGCUUUCAGGGGAUACAGACAAAGACAUGAAGAACUACAAACCAACAAAUGAUGACAAGCAAGCCAUUGUCGAUGACUAUGAAAAAAUCAGCCAGUGCUGUGAUAGGGGUCAUUUAUAUCCAGCUUCUCGUGGACCUAUAGGUUGAUGACAAAAAAAUCAACAUUCACCCUGACUAACGCUGUUCCACAAGUAUUGAACUUUAACAGAGGGAGAUGGAAAAGCGUGGAGGACCGUGUUAAAAAUCUGAUGGAAAAAGACUGUAUCAAUAACGGUGUCCUUGAAGGAUUUGUAGUGGUUGGAGCACAUCCCAGUACUAACAAGGUUCUAAAUAACAGGGUAAAUAUUCCUGACAAGCUCUGGUCAGCAUUUUGCUGUUAUAGUUCUGACAAGAAGAAGUGGCUUGCAGGUGCUCACUGGGGCAAGAACACUAAUGAACCAGAAAAAGAACCUCUCCCCACAAAGACUGUGGAGGAACUGAACCAAGAACUGAAUAAAGAAGUGAAAACG